AUGGAACAAGAUGAAAAAAAAGUAACAUGGAUGUCAGAGGAAGACGAAGAAACGAUUCCUAUUAGAUCUUACAGCGAUCAAAAACGUAAAUCUUCAAUUGCGUUUAAGGAAAUAUUCACAACGACAGACGAACAACUGCGGGAAAAAUUUGUUGAUAUAAAUGAAUUCGAGAAUGAAAUUAAUACGGAAAAAAAACCGAUGGAAAAAUUAUCAGUGAGUUUAUCUAAAAGUAUGGAGCAGUUGUCCAAAAUAAAAGCUGGUGAAAUCGGCGAUUCCAAAUCUAAAAGAAUCACAUCAUCGGUAUCGAUACCGCCAAUAGGAAGAAAGAAAUCGUUAUCUAGCUCUCAAGAGCCAUCGAUUCAAUCUUUAAUUGAAAUCACAAAAAGUAGUGAAAUCACUAAAAAUCGAGAACGCGGGACCACAAGAAGGAGUACUCUUACCUUUAAUUUAGGAACUCUGGGAAUGUUUUCGGGAAACGAAGUUCAUCCGAGAGUUUCUGAUAAUAUUCCUGUACGUAAUAUGGCACUAGAUGUACCAAUCGUUGAUAAAUUUGACCAUAAAACUGCCAAUGCUUAUGCGGAUAUUAUUGAACGGAUGCUUGAUAAAUUACAAAUAAUAAAGUAUACGAUUCCUGCUAGUGUAAAUGAUUGGGAUGAAAGUUUUAAAAAAAAAACAAUGAAAGAAUUGAAAUCGGAAAAUAGUUACGAUUAUUUGAAAAAAGAAAUUGAUGAAAUCGUAAAAAUAUCCGAAGAUCAAUACAAUUUGGAAAUAAAUAAUGAAAUUUGGUCUGAGCAAUUGAAACAAUUACGUGAAUUAAUUGAUAUUGAAAAAAUAAAUAAUCAAUCGCAAGUUAAAGCUGCUCUUUUUGAUAUCAAAAGAACUUGUGUUGAUAUUGAAAAUAUUGUUAAUAAUAGCGGUUGGAAAUUGGACUUUGUUGAAAAAUGGGAAGAGUCUCGACUAAAGCAGCAAAAAUUAUUGCUAGAAAUAAAAGAACAAAUUUUGAAUGAUGAAUUGAGUGAAUAUACGAAGAGGGAAAAGUCAGAUGAAAUAAUUUCGGGAGAAUUGAUAACUUUUUUUCAAUCAGAGAUUAUAGAGAUGGAAAAAAAAAUGGAGGAUUGGGAAAAUCGAUACAAUAUUGAAAUAAAUGAACUUCAGCAGGGGAUUGAUAAAGAAAAAGAAAAAAUUAAUAAUGUUAAAGAAAUGUUAGAAGAAAAAAUAAAAUUAUGCGAUGAACAGAAAGUUGUUAUUGAUGAGUAUGAAAAUGAGAGAGCGGAGAAAAUUGAAAAAGUUGAAUAUUUGAGAGCAAUUAAUUGUGCGGCGACAAUUAUUCAAGCAGCGUGGAGGGGGUGUAUGGUGAGAAAAGAAUUAGGAAGCUACAAAAAUUUGUGGAAUGUUUUGAAAAAACGUAAGAAGUUGGAUAAAAUAACUCUUAGGGUACUGAGUAGCAAGUGUCUGAAGGUCAAGUGUGGCUCUAUCAAGGUGUAG